GGUGUUCAUCGUAUUGUAUUAAAUGUGUGUAAAAAAUUCCAAUUCCAUGUGCUUAAUCGGCUCAACCUCCAAGAUGACUACCCUUGUCAGACGUCCCACAGCUUUAAGCAAUUUACCCCCAUUUUCCAUACUCUCAGCCCCUCAAGACUUGGAGAAAUACCAGUGGACUUCCCAAAAAUUAUAUAAAGUUGCCUCCAAUCAUAGCCAUGAGGCCAGGUGAGAGACUGGGAGCGGAAGGGUUAUUCCGCCUCCCUCCCAUCCUGGCCGCACCCCAUCAUCCCCUCCGCCCCAACAGCUCUGACCUGCUUAGAUGGCUAUAAAAGAGACGGUGACUCUGGCGCAUCUCAGCAUCACCUGCGCUCCCAUCCUGAAAAAGAAAAACCAGGCAAAGAAAAGAAGAACAAUGCGUUCAUUACUGAAGAUCACCGUUCUGCUCUUUUGCGUUCAAGCCGGAGAAGGACACUGGCUUAGAACACUACUGGACAAAGACCUCUGUGGUGAAGAACGAAGAGGUGAUGGUGAGGAAAAGGAGGGUUCGGGGAGGCAGUUGGAAAGGGCGAUUCGGUUGCCCCGCAGCGUUGAGUCCCCUUGCGCCUUGCACUCCAUCCUACUGCAGGUGCGAGACCUCGGUCUUGGCUACGACUCAGAUGAGACAGUGCUGUUUAAGUACUGCAGCGGGACCUGUCCUCGCCUCGCCUCCAACCACGACCUCACACUCACCAACCUCCUGCAAAGCGGCGUCCUUCAAUACUCCGGCCAUUGGCACCAUCAGCCCUGCUGUCGCCCCACACACCACGAAGACAUAGCCUUUCUCGACAACCACCAUCGCUGGCACAAAGUGGAGAAGCUCUCUGCCGCUGCAUGUGUCUGUAUGGGCUAGAAAUGAGGGUGGCCAGUCGAAAUCUGGCUUCAUAAAGACUGUCUGUUGGUUUAGAGACUGUACAAAGUGCCUUGAAGUAAAAUAAGGGCUGUUUAACGUACGUUAAUUCAGGAUAUGUAUGAACUGAAAUGUAUCAAGAUGUAUAUGU